GGGAGAGGAGGGGCGCAAAUUGGACAAGUUUUUUGGGGGAGAAGAGACUUUAGAAAACAGCCACACACACGCACUCACGGCAGCUUCAUAUGACACGGCGCAGACCUGCGGAUUUCCAAAACACCACUGCCCUCCUUUUUUUGACCUUCUUCCACGAAAAAACGUCUCUUUCAACAUUUAAAACUGGUUCUACGCUGUUUUGUUAUUUUUAAAUUCCCCUUUCAUCUCAGAGCUUGCGGGAUUUGCGCGACUUUUUUUAAAUUGUUGAUGGUUGGAUGGUUUCAGGAGCGCGUCCAAGUGCGCAAAAACGUGCCUGGUGCCAUUCAAUCGACUGAUGCCCCCCUUUCUGUCUGACUCGCCGUGAAUCAUGUCACGCCGGAAGCAGAAGCGACCCCAGCAUCUCGUUAAUGCGGAUCCGGGGGGCCCAAGGCUGCUAUCUCACGAUGACCACCUGGGCAUGAAGUCACCAUCCACAUCUCUUGGCUCAGAAGUGACCUCAUCAGGGUCCUCCUCCUCAUCCCCCACCUCUCUCCAAGACUGCCAGCCGCCUCUGGCCCCUCGCCCAUCCCCCGGUGGGCUCCACGCGCCCUCCUUACCCAGCGAGAGCUCGCCUCCUCCCCACUGGCCAAGCCACAUUGCCCCCUUCACCACCUCCCUCCCUAACACCCACUCUUCCCUCUCCCCAGACUUUCCUCACCCCUCGCUGUCUUCCCAGACUCACUCACCUCCUCCCCUGGGUCAAACCUCAGGCUCCCACACCCUGUCCCACCAAGGAAACUCUCACUCCACCAUGACCUCCCCACCGAUGGGCAGUUCGGCCACCACCACUACCUCCUCCUCCUCUUCCAUCUCCUCAUCUUGUGUGCCACCCCACCGUGACAGCUCCAGCCCAGGUCAGCAGCAGGCCUCCAGCUCUCCAGGGCAGCAGGGACAGAUCCAGGUGCCUCCCACCCUGGCAGUACUCUUGGAGGAGCUUAGAGUUUUACAGCAGAGGCAAAUCCACCAGAUGCAGAUAACAGAGGAAAUCUGUAGGCAUGUUCUAAGGCUUGGAGGGGCUGUCUUUGGCCAAGAUAAUAACACACAGGCUAGUGGUGCUGACAGCAGCCAGAAAACUGCAGGAGCAGUGUCUUCACCAUCACCAACACACCCCUCUACUGCCACUCCAGUAACUACGGCUUCAUCGCUUUUGACCGGCCUCCCCUCUUCCCUCUUUCCUCAGCCAUCCGUCUCCAAAUCAGGUGCUUCACAUGUUAAUGGCAGCAGGGCUCCAUCCUCCUCCUCGUUAUCGUCCUCGUCUUCCUCAUCUCUUUCAUCCACUAUCAGCUCCUCUGUUGCCUCCCUACACCCACUGUCUUUGUCAUUGGGGUUACCGCCACGCUACCUCCAUGAGAAGUCAUCUAACACCUCUUCAUUUGGUCACAGUAAUGGUAUCAGUUUCCCCACUCCUCCCCUUCCUACCACCAGCCAUUCCCAGGACCUCCAACCCAGCUCCUCCCUCGGCUCUGCCUCCUCAUCGGGACGCCCUCAGCAUGUCUGCCGUUUUUGCGGCAAGGUGCUUAGCAGUGAUUCAUCACUCCAGAUCCAUCUGAGGUCACACACAGGUGAAAGGCCCUACCAGUGUCCGGUCUGCUUGAGCCGUUUUACAACCAGAGGGAACCUCAAAGCCCAUUUCCUGCGACACAGAGAGCAGAACCCAGAGCUGUCUCUCUCAUUGCUGCCCCCAGCACUGUCAGAGCAGACACAGAGUGGCUCUGCUCCUGGUGCCAUCCAGAGAAGGAGAAAAAGGCGAGCUGAUGACGAUGAGCCAUUUAAUGGAGUGAAAGGAAGCAUUCCCGGGAUGACAGAGAACAUGGCUUUAGGAUUCCUGUCUGGUACGUCCUCUCGCCCCUCGCCUUCCUCUCUACCUCUGCCCCCCUCAGUGGACAUGGCGCUGCUGUCCACAGCCCAUUCACUUCUACAGCUGAACAGAGCUUCAGCUGCAGCUGCUGCCAGUGUAUCCAGCACUGUAAUGCCUUCCUCUUCAUCCUCAUCUUCAUCCUCCUCCAUGGGCAGUCAGUUCAAAGGAGCAAAGCAGCAGCGAUUUGAUGAGAAUACACCUCCUCACUCAGCCCUCCAUGCAACCUCCCCAUACUCCCAGCUGGCCCACCUUCCCAAGAUUCUCUUCCCUGGAGGUACCUCCCCUCACCACCUUGCACUUCUCCGACCUCCAGGCCACCCAUCCACUUCUCACCUCACCUCACCUCAUCAGCUACCCUUCCCCUUUCCACCUUUCCCCAAACCAUCAACCUCUUCUCCCUCUUCAUCAUCUCCCAACACCUCUACCCAGACCUCAGACACCUCCAAGUUGCAGCGCCUGGUUCAGAAGCUUGAAAAGCAACCACAGGGAGGUUCUUCUUCUGCCUCCACCUCCUCACUAACCCCUGCUGAAGCCAAUGGGGACACACAUGGCCAUGACCUGACCACCACCUCUAGUGCCUAUCGCAGGGAAAUGUUGGCUGCUCUCGGCCUGAGCCCAAGUGCCAAUGCUGCAGGACUAGUGACCAGCCAGGGAGUCUCAGGUUCUAGUACCACAACCACCACCACCACUACCCCUUCUCUGCCUACUGUUCAGGCUAACCAGUGUGGCGUGUGCCUGCGUGUCCUCAGUUGCCCUAGAGCUCUGCGUUUGCACCAGGCCACACAUCUGGGAGAGCGGCCAUUCCCUUGUAAGCUGUGCGGUCGUUCCUUCUCCACCAAGGGUAGCCUCAGGGCCCACCAAGCCACUCACCGUGCAAGACCACCCAAUGCCCGUGCCUUGAACUCCUGCCCACUGUGCCCACGCAAGUUCACAAAUGCCUUGGUUCUUCAGCACCACAUCCGCUUGCACCUAGGAGGGCAAAUACCACCUGAUGAAGACAUGCCACCUGAAGAUGGCGCAGAAACUGAGAAUGCUGUCUUUGAUGAUGGUGAGAAUGACUCCAUUGGCUCCCCAUCUAAAGCCCAACAACUCCUUCCCCUGGCCUUAACUACAGGCUCCAAGUCUCCGAUUGGUGUUCCUGACUCAGGGUCCACUUCUAAGCAACCCACAGCUGCUGAUGCAUCUUCUGUGAAGACAGAGGAAUCCGAGAGCUCAACACCCAGCCCACCCCUGACCCGUAAUCCCUCCUCAGCGGGAGCAGAGGACCCCCUGCGUGUGAGAGAGAACACCCUAAUUGAUAGUAGCCCCAUGAACAGCUCCAUGUACUCUGAGGAGGAGACCCACGCUGACCUGGGCAAAGCACCCAUAGCUACUUUUAAUUCAGCUGUAGUGAAUGGAGAUUCAGAGGCUGAUGACACCCCUCUUUCCCUCUGUGUUUCAAAGCCUGGCGCAGAAAAUGAUAUGCCGCAUAGAGCGAUUAAUAAUGAUGCCACCUCUUCUAAAGAGAAUCACGAUUGCUCCACAGAAGAGCAAACUACUAGUCCUGAUUCUAACCCGAAACCCCCAGGUGCAAACCCAUUACCUUCCCUCACCCCUCCUGCCAGCCCCAAAGCCAGGGGAGAAGCAGAAGAGGCCUGUGGCAGUGUACCACAGGAGCCACAGGAGAGAGAUGCUGCCCAAAGUAAAGGGAAGGGUGAGACCAGCACACCCAGAGAGCCUUUGCCGGCAUUAGAUCCAGAGAAGGACACUCCAAUUGAGGAGGGUUACAGCGUGCCAGAAGAGCCUUCAGAGGACCCAGAGCCCUCUGUCCCAGCACCAGCACCACAUUCCCAGCCUCCUCGCCUGGACAAACCCUACAGUUGCUCCCAGUGUGGAAAGGCAUACGCCAGCCGUAGUGGACUUAAGGGGCACAUGAAAACCCACCCUGGAGUGUUGGCCAAUACCCCCUCCAAGGCUCAAACCAAUGACAAUGACAAUGACAUUGUGGAGGAUCACAGUUCUCAUUCAGCCAAUAAGAAUCCAGGACAACAGGAAGAAAAGCAGGGAUUGGCUAAAUCCCCUGAGAAAGGUGGCAGCACAGACCCACUACCGAUCAGUUUUGGUUCGGAUGAGGCGGGCGAGCCUAUGGACACUGCUGUGUAGAAAAAGUUAGUAUUGUUGAAUGGCUGCAGUCAGUUUUUAAAGGGUCCUGACAAGGGAAUGUAUUUUUUUAAUAGAAUAAGAUUUGUUUUCUAGAGUUAUUGAUUCUAAUUCAUGUUUACCUUUCAUAUUAGGCAGAUAGAUCUAGUUUGUGAUGUAGUAAAAUUGCAAGAGAUUUGUGAAUGUAGAGCAUGAGUCAUCUUACCUAUGUAUUUUUGUACUUCAAAGACCACAGUGAGGCCUUAUCUUACACACUUCACAGCAUUGUCAUGAUGAGAAUUAACUGUUUGCGCCUUUUUUUGCUGACAUUUCUCAGCACAUACUGUAUAAACAACCAGUAUAAGCUGAUUUGAAAUAGAAGACGGUCCAGAAAAUGAAACUCACAAGAUGAACUCCAUACCAAAACAGGCCAAAUUAGUAAUGGCCAACGUCUGUAAAUAUGAGCUGCGGUUACAUUUUAUGCCUUUUUAUUGUUACUUUCUUCUUUCCUUUUUUUAAUGUGAUGCUGCUGAAUGCAUGUUUCUGAUGUGCUGAGUUGCACUAUGAGUUGCACUGUGUCCUGUGCUGCUGAAACAUCUGCUGAAACAAACACCACAUGCUAGCAAUGAUGAUGAUGUUGAUAAUGAUGGCGAUGAAUGUGUUAGAUUAUCAGUAACUCUGUGAACAGUCCUGUACUUAUAGCUGUAAACUUUGCUAGUGGCAAAUUACCGUACUCAUAUUGAUGAUUGUAAAUGGUUUUCCUGAUUGUCGAGGCAAUCUGCAGUUUCAUGUUGGACUCUUGCAGAAACCAACGACAAGGAUGAGCCCCGUCCGUUAAAAUUCCCCCUCCUUUAUCUUUCUUUUCCCCCCCCUCUUCUCCCUACCCUCCUCUCUCAAAGCACUUGAGAGUUUUCUGCUCCUGCAGAAAUUGUCUGCACUCACUGCAUUCCUGCUUAUCCCAGUUUAGUAUUUGUAUGCUUUUCUUUACCCUUUGUAUC